GGGUAGUGUAGUUGACUGGUAUCAGCAAUUCAGCAUCUUUUAUGAAAUUCCGACCACAAGUAUAAGUUACAGAGUAAAUUUUCUGUGAAUUUUUUUUAAUUCUUGCAAUGCCAGUGGAAAAUCUCGAAGAUGAAGGUCUACCUAAGAAUCCGAACCUAGAAAUAGCGCAGUGGAAGUACAGUUUGAUGGCUUCGCAUGGUGAAAAUAAAGAUAUUGCGAAUAAACUGAUGAAUGCCAUCAAAACACAUAAUAUGGCACCAUUUUAUGAAGAAAUAUGUCCAGAAGUUGGAUGGACUAUUGAUCAGACAUUGCUUGAUAAUAUUAAGAAGGAAAAUACUAGGAAUCUUGAGAGUUUGGAGAAAGCCAUUGAAGAUGCAGAAACCAAUCUUGGAGAAACUGAAGUCAGGGAUGCAUUACUUGAAAAGGCUGAGUAUCUCUGUAAGAUUGGAGACAAGGAAGGAGCUUUGCUUGCUCUACGAAAGACAUUGGAAAAGACUUCAACAACUGGUUUUAAACUGGACAUUAUGUUUUAUUAUUUGCGUAUUGGCUUAUUUUACAUGGACCAUGAUCUUAUCACUAGAAACAUUGAAGAAGCCAAAAGUUUAAUUGAUAAAGGAGGAGAUUGGGACAGGCGAAAUCGUUUAAAAGUUUAUCAAGGAAUUUAUUACAUGUCCAUUCGUGAUUUUAAAAAAGCAGCUGACAACUUUCUUGAGUCAAUUUCAACUUUUACAUCAUAUGAGUUAAUGGAUUACCAAGUGUUUGUUUCAUAUACUGUUUUAACCAGUAUGAUUGCUCUGAAACGUACAGACCUACGAGAAAAAGUUGUAAAUGGAUCUGAAAUACUUGAGAUGCUCCAUCAGCUUCCACUUAUUAAGGACUUUCUUAUGUCUUUUUAUCAUUGUCAUUAUGAUGCCUUCUUUUCUUCAUUGGCCAAAGUUGAACAAGAAUUGAAAAAAGAUCGCUAUUUCCAUCCACAUUAUCGUUACUACAUACGUGAAAUGAGAAUUCUUGGCUACAGUCAAUUGUUGGAGUCAUAUCGUAGUCUUACAUUAGAGUACAUGGCCAAUGCAUUUGGAGUUAGUGAAGCAUUCAUUGACAAGGAACUAUCAAGAUUUAUAGCUGCAGGGAGAUUAAACUGUAAGAUAGACAAAGUAAAUGGUGUUGUGGAGACAAACAGACCAGAUCAUAAAAACUGGCAGUAUCAGUCUGUUGUCAAACAAGGUGAUCUAUUGUUGAACCGCAUACAAAAGUUAAGCCGUAUUAUCAAUGUAUAAUUUUACUAUACUAUGUACUUGCUUGUAUCACUUGUCUGUUAAAAAUCUCACUUGUAGUAGACAUUUUUACUAUUGUAUUGGUGAAACAUUUGUUCUAGUUUUUGUGUUUGAAUUAAUAUAAAAAAAAUAUACUUGAAACAAAAACCUGA